AUGGAUGACAAGAACGUCGCAGUCCUUGCGACUGACUCUGCGGCUGCAAACCACGACAAUGGCGAUCCUCAACAAGAAUUGCCGAAUGAAGAAGCGCAACGAGGCGUUCAAGGUGUCGAGGCCAUGGCUCUCACUUGGUCGAGAUUGACACUCAUCGGUAUCUUCCUCAAUAUCUGGUUGCUCUACUUUGUCAAUGCGUUUCAGUCUACAAUUCUCUCCAAUCUGCUUCCCUACGCCACGAGCGCUUUCGAAUCUCAUUCGUUAUUGAAUGUUAUUUAUGUCGUGGCCGGUUCUAUGUCUGCAGCCACUUAUAUGCCCCUAUCAAAGAUUAUGGAUGUCUGGGGAAGAGCUGAAGGCUUUCUCAUCAUGACCGUCUUUGCUACCCUGGGCCUGAUUCUCAUGGCUGCAAGCAAUGGCAUUGCCACCUUCUGCGCAGCAUAUGUGUUUUAUAGCAUUGGAUUCGGUGGUAUGACAUACGCCGUAGACGUUAUUACGGCCGAUGCAUCCCAGCUGAAGAAUCGAGGGCUAGCAUACGCUUUCACGUCUUCUCCAUACAUCAUCACGGCUUUUGCUGGAGCCAAAGCAUCAGAGGGUUUCUACAACGACAUCAGCUGGCGAUGGGGCUUUGGCGUCUUUGCCAUCGUCUUUCCUAUUGUGGCUGCUCCACUAUACUUUAUCUUGAAGAUCAACCUUCGCAAGGCCGAGAGGCAAGGUCUAUUGACCAAGGAGCCAAGUAACCGGACAAUAUUGCAAAGCAUCUGGUAUUACAGCGUAGAGUUCGAUGCAAUGGGAGUGUUUUUGUUCUCCGCCGGUCUCACGGUGUUUCUUCUUCCGUUCAACAUUGCCGACUCUGCGCCCAAUGGAUGGUCAACAGGAUACAUAAUUGCCAUGAUAGUGGUCGGCUUUGUUAUGCUUAUUAUCUUUACCUUAUACGAGACCUUCCUGGCGCCAAUUCCUCUGCUCGACUGGAACCUCUUGAUUGAUCGGACUGUCAUCGGCGCCUGCCUUCUCGAUGCCACAUAUCAGAUCUCGUAUUACUGCUGGGCGAACUACUUCACCUCUUUCUUACAAGUGGUGAAUGAUCUAAGCUUAGCAGAAGCCGGAUAUGUGAACAAUACCUUCAACGUGGUUUCAGGAGUACUCCUAUUGAUUGUUGGCUUCCUGAUCCGUAGGACUGGUCGAUUCAAGUGGCUUCUAUACAUAGCCGUCCCGCUUUACAUCUUUGCGCAGGGGUUGAUGAUCUAUUUCCGCCGACCGAACCAAAACGUGGGCUAUCUUGUCAUGUGCCAAGUCUUCAUAUCGAUUGGAGGUAGCAUCUUCAUUAUUAUCGAACAACUAGCUAUUUUAGCUGCUGUUGAUCAUCAACAUAUUGCUGCAGCCCUUGCAUUGCUAAAUGUAGUGGGUACAGUUGGAGACGCCAUGGGCGCAACGAUAUCCGGAGCCAUCUGGACAAACACGUUUCAGAAGGCGCUCGAGCGAUAUCUUCCGGAAUCAGCACUUCCAGAUUUGGACAGCAUUUAUGAGGAUUUGGAUACACAGCUCAGUUACCCUGUCGGAAGCGCCGUUAGGCUGGCCAUCCAAAAAGCAUAUGCCUACUCACAAACCCGCAUGCUUGCUGCCGGAACUGGUGUCAUGGGCCUUGCGAUAAUUUGGAUGCUUAUGAUCAGAAACAUUAAUCUUGCAAAGGUGGCGCAAGUAAAGGGCAUGGUCUUCUAA